AAGCGUGCCUGACUGGUUAUCAGACCGCAUCGUUCAGCAUUGCGCCCUCACACGAUGAUCACUUUCCAUUCUUCCAUCGAGUGGAUAACCACCAGUCUACCUGGUACCUUCACCAAGCUGCACACUAGCUGCCUGCACCAUGGUCUUCUUCAAUCAACUCGCCAAGGUCGCACUUGCACUACUCGCUUUACCUGCCCUCGCUGCUCAUGCUGACUCCAGCACAUGCGAAAUCACCGACUCCGAUGCGUGUGCCAUCGACUCUCUCACCGCCUCCACCGACGACGGGAGUGUACUCAUCUACCCUGGUGGUGACACUCGCUGCGCCUUCGACGACUACACGGAUACCGUGACGACCUUUACGUCGAACUCGACGUACUUCUUCCAGGUGUUUCCUGCUGCCAGCCAGGACAAGAAGAAGCUGCUGCUUUUCUUCCAAGGUGGCGGCGCGUGUGUCGACAAGUAUACAUGUGACUUCGCGUUGCAGUGUCAACUCGGCUCCAGCGCUCUGAUCACCACCAAGGCGUCCGUGACGGACACAGGUAUCAUGAACCGUACUUUGGAAGGCAACGUCUUCAACGACUACAAUAUCGUAUACCUUCCGUACUGCACGGGCGACUUGUUCGUUGGCAACAAGUAUCUGGAGUCGUAUGAGAGUGUAUAUAACCAGGCUUUGGGUAACCAACAGUGUUUGGGUCAGAACCAAGGCAUGUACAUGAACGGGUAUAACAACACGAUGGCAGUGUUGAAGUGGGCGUUAACCAAUUACCCAGACCCGGAGCAGAUUGUGAUUGGCGGCUACAGUGCUGGCUCGUUGGCCGCUCAGAUGUGGUCUGCGUUCGUAGCGAAGACUUGGGAGGUGGAGUCGAAAUCUACCAAGUUCCAGGUGAUGGCGGACAGUUAUGUGGGCGUGUUCCCUGAGUACAAGACCCCCGGAAGCGAACUGAUCAACUACUACGGUGGGUGUGGUCUAGUUGACUUCCCAGAUGCGAUGGUGUCGAGAUGUGAGGCGGAGACAGCUACAGUCAUUGAAAUGGUGAGUUCGCUUAUGAACGAGGCACCGAGCGGUGAGUGGCUCUUUAUUGACAGCAUUGCCGACAAGACCCAGCGCAAGUUUUACGAGCUGGUGCUGUUGGGUAUUGCUGGUUACCCGUUCACGAAUCUUUUGCCUGUUGAUGAGUUCUACGGUAAUAUGACGGAGAUCUUGGACGCUUACUCGUUGAUCAUGAACGUGACUCGCUUCAAUAUCGAUAGUGAACAGCACGUGUGGCUAACUGGCAACGAUUUCUCAACUGUGAAAGACCUGGAGGGUGAAUAUCUGGGCGAUGUUUUGAGUUCAUGGUUGUCAUAUUCAUCCACUCCUGCGCCCACGACUGCUGCUCCGACCUCGACUCCGGAGCCAACUACGGUCAUACCAGUGAGCACUUCGACGUCAAAGCCAAGCAGUGCUGCCUCCACAACGAAGCCAACCUCAACAACGCCCGCUCCGCAGAAUUCCAAGCCUUUGACUCCGCCGCAGCAAGCGCAACAAGAGCAGAUAGCUCAGCAGCUACAGCCUCUGAAGGAACUGAUGUGCUCCAUUAUGUCGCAGUUCCACAUCCAAGCACCUCUUUGCUAGAUUGAAUGGCAGGAUAAAGCUCAAGCCAGGUUUUUUUUUUUUAUUAAUACUAAGCGCGAGCUACAAGCACAACCCAACCGCUUUUGUCACUUGCAAUGGUUGAUAGUUUAGUAGAAGAACAGUUGAGUCCUGU